AUGGCGGACGGCACUCGGUCUCCUCCUCAUCCAUUAACUCCGAGCCUCUAUGCCCUCCAUAGCCGAUCCGAGACUUAUCAACAUCAUCUCCCCAGAACACCCCCUUCAGGCAUGAGCACAGGCAUCGAGGCCAUCGAGAUAGCUGAGCAACCACUGCCAGCGCCGCAUAUCCCAUAUGCGAUGGAAGGGUCUGACGAGGAAGGCCAACGCCCUCCUCGCUACACCCGUGAGAAUGAUCCCUUCCAGCUCUCAUCCAAGAUAAAGUCGAACGCAGAGAUCGACCAGAUCCAAGCAAACACCACUAGGCGACGGAAGUGUCUUUCAAGCGAGCAGAAAGGUCGAACCAACGCUGACAGAAGGAGGAUACAAUCAUUCUAUCGGUCACAAAAUGACAAGAUUGAGCGUCUUUUGAAACCGGUUGACGAGCAUAUCAGACAUGCGAAGGAGUUGAAUGAGCAGAACCAACUCAAGUACAAGAUCGCUGUCUACGGUAGCUUUGCCGCCAAUGUGAUCCUCUCCAUUCUACAGGUUUAUGCUGCCAUAUCCUCAGGAUCCCUGUCCCUGUUUACCACGAUGGCAGACGCCAUAUUUGACCCCAUGUCGAACCUGACUUUACUUCUCUGUCACAAGGCCGUCAAACGAGUUGACGCCCGCCAAUUCCCAGCUGGAAAAGCCCGAAUCGAAACAGCGGGGAAUAUCUUCUUCUGUUUCCUCAUGACUGCGGUCUCCUUUAUCCUUAUUGCGUUCUCGAUCAAGGACCUUGUUGGCGGUAGCAUUUCCGAUACAAAUCAGUUUCACCUUACGGCCACCAUAUCCGUGUGUAUCGCUUUUGCUACAAAAUUGACUCUCUUCUUUUACUGCUGGGCGAUCCGCAACCAGUAUUCCCAGGUUAGAAUUCUUUGGGAAGACCACAGGAAUGAUCUCUUCAUCAACGGAUUGGGUAUUUUGACUUCUGUGGGCGGAAGUAAGCUUCGGUGGUGGAUUGAUCCUGCCGGUGCUCUCUUGUUGUCCGUUCUUAUUUCAGGCUUGUGGACCAAGACAGCCUACUCCGAGUUUCAGCUUCUAAUCGGAGUCACGGCUGAUACUGAGAUGCAACAGCUCAUCACUUAUAUCUGUAAGUACCAUUAA